AUGAACAAAAAUAUUUUAGAGCCAGCAAAGUGUUUGGAAAUAAUUAGGAAAAAAUUGUCUUUGGAUUCUAUUGACGAGAGUUCCUUCACUUGUGAAUUUGAAACCCGAAAAGAAUUUUCAGGGUUUUUAGGACAAUACUUGAAUCUAAAAGUGAGACUAAUGAAUCCAAACUCAUCAGAAGUACAAAAAUUAAAUUUCUUCAUCAAGUUGUUACCGAUGAAAGGAGUCCAAUAUAAUUUUGUAAAAGAAACUGGGUGUUUUAAAACCGAACUUGGUCUCUAUCUAAAAAUAUUUCCGAAAAUUUUGACAUCAAAGGAGGCAAAUUUUAUUCCUGAAUGUUUCCUGGGUCAGGAAGAUUAUGCUCUGGUUUUGGAAGAUAUGAGCUUUCAGGGCUACAUGAUGCUGGAUAAGUUUCAGUUUCUUCAAUUAGAGGAUUUUUUAAUAAUUGUAAAAAAUCUUGCACUUUUUCACGUCAGAUCCCUAAUUUUUGAGCAGAAAAACAGGAUUACAGUGAAGGAGUUGUGUCAUGCAAAUGAAGUUUUAAUUAACAAUAGUGAGUCUAUUUAUCAAUCAACUCUUGAUUGUUUUUCAGAAAAUUUAAUCUCUAUGGUAGAUUUAAUUAGAGAUAUUGACCUUGAAAAAAAGAGCGAAUGUAAAGCAAAAAUAGCCAGAAUUUCUUCUCAGCAUUAUAAAAAAACGGCACCUUCGACAAAGUAUAGAAAUGUUUUAUGUCAUUGCGAUUUGUGGGCCAAUAAUAUUUUGUUCAAACAUAAUAAAACAACUGGAAAGAUUGACAAAGUUUGUUUCGUCGAUUUUCAGAUGGCGAGGUAA